UUGGCUAUACAUUUUCACUUUCUUUUUAUUCGGCACUGUAUUCUAAAUUGUUUUUCAAAUUUUUUCAAUUGGAACUGGGCCAUUUCUGGCGGUCGUGGGAGGACAAUGCCGAGCCUUGUUAACAUGGAAGUGGAGCUGGCGGUCAAGGGCUUCCUGAUCGACCAGGAGAAGAUGGCCGAGGUGGUGGAGCGCAUGACCAAGGAGCUGAAGAUGGGCCUGGCCAAGGACACGCAUCCGCGGGCAGUGAUCAAGUGCUUCGUCACCUAUGUGCAGGAUCUGCCCACUGGCAAGGAGCGGGGAAAGUACUUGGCCGUGGAUCUGGGUGGCACCAAUUUUCGGGUGCUCCUGGUGACCCUUGUAAGCCAAUCGGACAUACAGAUCACAUCGAAGAGCUAUGAUUUCCCCACCACCCUGAUGACGGGAACGGGCAAGGCACUAUUCGACUUUCUGGCCGAUUGUCUGGCGGCAUUCUGCAAGGAAAACGGUGUGGAGAACGAUAACCUGCCACUGGGCUUUACCUUCUCGUUUCCCCUCCAGCAACAGGGUCUUUCGAAGGGCAUCCUGGUGGCCUGGACCAAAGGAUUCAGCUGCGAAGGCGUGGUGGGCAAGAAUGUGGUACAACUUCUCCAAGACGCCAUCGAGCGAAGGGGUGAUGUAAAGAUCAACACGGUGGCGGUACUAAAUGAUACUGUGGGCACCCUCAUGUCCUGCGCCUUCAACCAUCCCAAUUGCCGGAUAGGUUUGAUUGUGGGAACCGGCAGUAAUGCCUGCUAUGUGGAGAAGACCGUUAAUGCCGAGUGUUUCGAGGGAUAUCAGACCAGUCCCAAGCCAUCCAUGGUCAUCAACUGCGAGUGGGGAGCCUUCGGGGACAAUGGUGUGCUGGAGUUCGUGCGAACUGCCUACGACAAGGUGGUGGACAAGGUUACCCCGAAUCCCGGCAAGCAGACCUUCGAGAAGUUCAUCUCGGGCAUGUACAUGGGUGAACUGGUGCGCCUGGUCGUGGUGGAAAUGAUUGGCAGGGGCGUGAUGUUCGUCGGAGACAGUUCGCAAAAGAUCCAGCAGCGGUGGAGCUUCAAGAGCUCAUAUAUAUCCGAUAUCGAAAGCGAUGGACCUGGGGAAUAUCGCUCCUGCAACAAAGUGCUCUACGAACUGGGCAUCAUCGGUAGCCAGGAAGCGGACAAGGAGGCCCUGCGGUUCAUCUGCGAGGCGGUCUCCUCGAGAUCUGCCAAGAUGUGUGCCUGCGGACUGGUCACGAUCAUCAACAAGAUGAACAUCAACGAGGUGGUCAUCGGCAUCGACGGCAGCGUGUAUCGCCACCACCCCAAGUACCACGACAUGCUCCAGUUCCACAUGCGGAAGCUCCUCAAGCCGGGCGUCAAAUUCGAACUGGUUGUUUCGGAGGACGGUUCCGGCAGAGGAGCUGCUUUGGUGGCCGCCACGGCUGCCCACAGCAAUCCCAAAAUGUAAAUUUAAGGUCUAUGCAGUU